AUUCCCAAUGUGUCCUUUCAGCCCUUCUGGCAAAGUGGUGUAGGUUAUGCUCUGAACAGAUUGAAAGUUGUAAAGUCUAAUAUCCAAGAAAACAGGGACAUUACAUACAUUUUAUUUAAGAUAAAAACGAACAAUGCUGCGAACGACUAUCUGGCGAAAUGAUAUCUUGAAAUUAACUGUUACUAAAGCUAUACGAAUAAAUGUAGUCAGAUGUUUAGGUGUCGAAUGUGUUAGGAGAAAACAUCUCCACAGGUAUGGAAACUCCUUACUUGAAAAAAAUAUUAUAUCAUGGAGGUGGGGCAUUACACAGAAGUGUUAUUAUAGUCCUGAUUUGCCUCCACACACAAAAGUAGCACUACCGGCAUUGUCACCAACUAUGGAGGUGGGCUCUAUUGUCAGUUGGGAAAAAAAGGAAGGAGACAAGUUGAAUGAAGGAGAUUUAUUAGCAGAAAUUGAAACGGAUAAAGCCACAAUGGGUUUUGAAACACCUGAGGAGGGCUAUCUGGCAAAGAUUCUUGUUUCAGCAGGCACUAAAGAUGUGCCAGUUGGAAAGCUUGUGUGCAUUAUUACGGAAAAUCAGUCAGAUGUGGGAGCAUUUAAUGACUUCAAAGAUGACUCGCCUGCUGUCGUAGCUGCUGCUCCUGUACCAGUAGCACCAACAGCACCAGUGUCACCACCACCACCACCACCUCCACCUCCACCACCAGCAGUAGUACCUGCUGGNCCUCUUGCAAGGAGAUUGGCUGCAGAAAAAGGACUUGAUUUGGCAGCUGUGGGUUCGGGUUCUGGUUUAUAUGGAUCUAUAACAACUGCUGACCUGGGGAAAGCACCUGUUGCUGCUCCUGCAGCUGCCCUUCCAUCCGCUGCCCCAAGUGGAAUAUACACAGACUUGCCAGUUUCUAGCAUUCGAGCAGUUAUUGCAAAACGUCUCCAACAAUCAAAACAGACAAUACCUCAUUUCUAUUUGUCAGCGGACAUAAACAUGGACCAACUUCUGUCUCUGAGACAGAAGCUCAAUAAGUUAUUGGAAAAUGAUGGUCUCAAACUUAGUAUCAAUGAUUUUAUCAUCAAAGCAGCAUCACUGGCAUGUAAAAAAGUUCCUGAAGCAAAUUCAGCAUGGAUGGACACAGUAAUUAGGGAGUUUACUUCUGUGGACAUCAGUGUAGCAGUAAGCACAGACAAGGGAUUAAUAACACCUAUUGUGUUUGCAACUGAAAAGAAGGGGUUGGCUGCAAUUAGUAAGGAGGUGAAAUCUCUGGCAGCAAAAGCACGAGAAGGCAAACUUCAGCCACAUGAAUUCCAGGGUGGAACAUUUACCAUUUCUAAUCUGGGUAUGUUUGGUGUGAAGAACUUUUCAGCCAUCAUUAAUCCUCCUCAGGCUUGUAUUCUGGCUGUAGGAACAAAUGAAAAAAGACUUAUACCAGAUAAAAACUCAGAAGUAGGGUUUAAAGAAGCAGAAUUCUUAUCUGUGACACUCAGCUGUGAUCAUCGUGUUGUGGAUGGGGCUGUGGGUGCACAGUGGUUGGCCAAGUUCAAACAACUGCUUGAGAAACCACACACCAUGUUGCUGUAAUAUGUGCAAGCCAGGUCUAGUCUGUGGAGAUAAUUAUUAAAGCCAUAUGCCCUGACACAAUACAUGAUGUAACAGGAAACAGCCCAAUUUCUGUUGAAUAGCUUCAAGCAUCCAUUUACUACAGUGAUCAGUGAGAUGUGCGGUCAAGACAUCUGCUGGAGUAAUAUAUUGGCAAAUAAACAUAGCAAUGAGCUGAAUUGUUUUGGUUGCUAUAUAUCAUUUUGGUUUCUUUUUAAUGAAGAACUACGUUUAAACCAAGAUUAAUUUAAAUCUGUAAUUUUUAAAAAUAGUUUAAAUGUAGUUAAUUUAAUUUUGAAGAGACAUUAUGUUGUAUACUGUACAAGCAGUGUCAGUUUUCCUUCAUAGUACAAACCUGAAUAAAUCCUGGAAUGAUCAGCAUUUUCUAGAUUAUAUUUAUGUUAAUUAGAUCAACUUCAGCUUGUGAGGUGUUCAUAAUUAUUCUCAAACAAACCAUAAGGUAAUAUGCAAAAUGUUUGUAACAUAAUUAGAUGUAUAUAUAAUGUAUUUAAACUAUAUUUACAGUACACAAACUUAAAGCAAAACUUGCUAUAAAGAUUUUAUUUGGGAUGAUGUUUAUAAUGUAGUUGGUUAAGUUACACAAGUAAACUCAAUGUCUUUCAAUAUAGUCUGCAACUGAUAUACAAGGUAGGAAUUGACCUGUGGGUGCUGUCUUCGUAUGACAGCAAUAGGCUGAUAAUCAGAAAAUCAUUGAUUUCCACCACAGGCUUUCUUAUUGACAGUCCUUACUGCAUGUUAAAUAUAUAUGGAAAUUGUGAACAUUUCAAGUGUUGUUACUGACAGCACAAGGCAAUUAGACCUUUUUCCUGCAUGUUUAUAGAAUAACUGGCAAGUAGAUUAUGAAAGUUUUUCUAAAAUGCUGAAGUCUUGCAAUGGAUUGCUUAUCUUCGUUUCUGAAUAAUUAAACAAGGUUUGGUGUAGAGAAUAGAAAAUUUACUUUUAGAAUUUGAUAUUUUCAUAGCAGUGAGAGUUCACGUGUCCUGGGUUCUUUCAUGUAGUCUUGUGGUUGUAUACCACAAUUUUGGAGGAGCAUGAUUCUAAAUUUAGGUUUGAAGUGAGUAGGGUUAGGCAGGGCUGGAUUAAGGUACUUGUAGGCUAUAGACCCUUCUGUUUUGUAGGCUGUUUGGUGGAUGCAUCAAUUUUUAUAGUGAGAAUGUUGUUCAAAAAUAUCUUGAAUAAUUUUCUCAGCAAAAUGGUAUUUGUGACAUUCUAUGUUGGUCUCUUGUUUGCAUAUUGUGCUGCUACCUGAAGUUUUUGUAGGCCCUAGGCACAGUGACUAUUGUGCUUAUUGGUUAAUAUGGCCUUAGGGUUAGGGCUUGGUGAUUGAACUCAAUAGCAUCUCCACAUCAUUCUCUUGAUGUCUGAAGCAGAGAUGGUCUCUGAAACAUUGGGCAUUUGCCCACAAUUGACAGGGCUUGCUGCCUGAGAAGAUCUUGUCAAGGGUUGGGGCUUUGAUGGGUUAUGUAAGGUUCAGGAGAGAAUUGAGUCAGGUAGCACAUGAAGACUGGCCAAUGAGAAGUUGAGGGGUGAUGGAGCCCAGUCUGUGCCAGUAGCACAGAGGAUUAGGAAAGUAGCCCUUUUCAGUCAGGGCCACUAAAAGGAAGGACAGGUGAACCAGAGGUACAUGUCUUGUCAUUAGAGAAAACCUACCAUUCUUUCAGGGUGUGAAUAAGAGGCUACCUUGACCUGCUCAGGGAGAACCCAUCAUGUCUAUUCAUGUUGGCAUGGAGGUUGUUCCGUUACUUCCCGUUAACCCUGUCCAUCUACCUCUGGAUUUCUUGGCCAGGAUACUGGUAUCAUUUAGCAGGAUAUUAUGAUCAGGAUUGAUAUGUUCAGCCAUGGCUGCCUUCUCCUAAUAAUAGAGCUGGUUAUGGUGAUGAUGUGUUUUGACCUUGGUUUCAACAGAAUGGCAAGUUUGUCCAAUGUAAACCAUCCCACACUUGCAUGGAAUGCAGAGAUCUGAACAAUUUAGGUUCAAGUUACCUGUGAUUGUUUUUCUGUCUUUUAAAUUUAUUCUAGGCUAUUCUAACCAGAAGAAGUGUAUUUGAUAUCCACCCUCCCCCAUUAUAUGUUGUGCAGGGUAUAUCAAAUAUAACAUUUCUAAACUGAGAGAUGGAGAAUAGUAGAUAAUGUACUAUAAGACUGCUAUAUAAUACCACUCUGAUAUUCAAGAAUACAUACUACAGAGUUCAGUUAACACUGAAGUGAAUUGAGUCGCCUCAAGUUAUUUUGUUACAUUAACUUGACUUCAUUGUCUCAUAUUCAUGAUGUAACAUGUUAAAGAACUAAAGUGCAAGCAAUUUUAGGAUAUCUUGGUGAAGCAGAAGUUUCACAGAAGUUCUUGAGUUUUCUAACAACACUGUGAGGUUAGUACUUACAGCUUCAGGAUUUGCUCUGUAUCACUCAGAACAUUUUAAAGGGCUUCAUUGAAUGUGGAUCCUGCCCUUUGCUUACCAUUUAAACAAGUUCUGUGAAAGCAAUUGCUCUAAUUCUCUGAACAUGAAGUUAAAAGAUUUCUUUAAUCUAGACCAAACUCAUUUCUUAUCCAUGGGUACUGUUUGGGACACUCGUAACAUGUAUACAAGUAGCGGUCAGCUUGUAGGACUCGACUGUGCAGUUUGCAGCUCUUUCCAAUAUUGCAGGCAAAUUCAUUUGACUCCAGCUGUAACAAGUUGCAUUCAAAUUAUAAUCUAGUUUGUGUAAAUCCAAUACACUGCAAGCUUGAUGAAUAUGUCUUGAGGUUUAAAAAAGGUGUUCAGAAAAUAUGCACUUAGCCAAACAAUAGUAAAUCUGAAUAGCUGUCUAGCUAAAGACGACUUUUAGACAGUUAUAAUUACCAGACAUUAACAGUUUUCUCUUACAGAUGUACCUUAUAUAUGCACAGUUUUAUAUAUGCCUGUUUUGUCUGUGGGAAUCAGUUUGUACUAUUAUCAGUAGAAGUAUAUUUGGCUUUGUCUCAAAAAAAGAAUAUCCUGCACAUUGCCGUAACAAUGUUCAUGUUUCACUGGGGAAUUUUUAUAGGACAGUGCAUAAUUUUGAAUGAUGUUCUAUUUCCAGCAUCAUUUUGAUUCUUCUUUUUACUCAUACCGUCUUUGUUAAUCAUCAUGAUGAUAACCCUUGUUGCAGAACUCUGAAUUCAACAGAUUAUUCUAGUACAAGUUAUUAUACUUAAUUUUUACUCCCAUGUAAAUACAGACCUGUCGUUUGCAGUUCCAGGGUUCAAAUUGGUUUAGUUGAUUAACUGGUAUUGGUUUCUUCAUCCAUUCAAUUGCUUGCCAGUUUGUCACAAACCACACAUCAGGAAGUUUUACCAUUUCAUCCAUAAAUUUCUGUAAAAUGUACAAUAUUAUAGCAUUUAGUCAUCAAUUCAUCUCUAAAAUGGUCUUGUUUAGAUUGCCUUAAAAUCAGAAUAAUUACACUUUUUGUUAUUUUGCAGAGUUCAUGAAAUUUUAUUAGCCUUACAAUAAGAGAUUCAAAGAAAACAGGACAGCCAUAUUAUUUAACACUGUAACUAUGUUAACUAAUGUUCUGAUUUAAACUUUAAAUAUAAGUUUUCAGAAUGUAUUUGGCACAAAAUAUCCUAUUUUAAUUUAGAUUAAAAUUAAUAUCUGUGCCAUAUUUCUCAUUUAUUAUUAUUAUUAUUUAAGAAGAAAAUUUAUGAAUAAUUAAGUCUGUGACUUGAGAAGUCUUGAACAUAAAAUUACACUGCAUUGAGAGUUCAGAAAUUUCAGUAAAAGUGUGAUAUAAAAUUUCACAUGAUUUUAAGAAUAAAUUGGUUGGUUGAAUUUCUGAAUAUUUCACAUUCUAUCAAUUUGUAUGCCUUUAUUAUUAAACAUGAAUGAAAGGCCCAAUUUAAUUGAGUAAUUACACAAAUAGUUCUUGUAUUUCCUUUUCAUGAUGUUUUGGAUAAUUAAGAGAAAAUGUGUAAAUGGAUGUUCUCAUUUCCAACAAAUUAUAUGCAACAACAAUGAGGAAUUCUGUGAAGAUUCCUGCAUGGUGAAGUUAUGCUCUUUAAAUGUAUAUAUGAAUUAAUGAAAUAACUCUUACCUUAAAAGCUGCAAGAUAUUCUGGUUUUCUAAACCAAGUUGUAUGGAAGUAAAGUCCGUAUGGAGCUUUGUUAGUGUUGUAAUGCCGCUUGAAGUUGUGAAUGAGCAUAUUGUAUACUUCAUCCCCUGAGAGGUGGGGUGGACAACUGUCUACCAUAGCACAGGUGUAUCCCUAGAGCAGGUACAGACACUCAUGCAUUAAAAAUUUAAAACAUGUUGAAGAAUGGAGAUCAUGAAUUCAGUAUUUAAUACUUCCUUUGUACAUAUGAGAAGUGUAUCAUAAAAGAAAAGGCCUCAUAUGUAGUGAGCUUGGCUAAACAUCAGCAUGUACAGGGCCAAUACCAAUAACUAAUACUGAAGAGGUAGAAGUGGCUGCUGAGAGUGUCAAAAGUUGAGCUGGCUGUUCAGGAUCAGCUGCGCCCAGUCUGAUUAAAACAUUUGUAAAGUUUUAUUAAAUAUGAAAAUACCAUAAUGAGAGCAGCAAAGCAGAGGAAUGGAAUGAGAGAACUGAGCCAAAGGAGAAUAUGAAUAUAAUAGCUCCAAGACAAAAACUUUUCCAGAGAUCAGGAAAGCUCUUUUUGUUUUAUGAUAAUUUCAAUCCAAGGGCUUAACUAUUGACUUGAUUUCUUGAGACAUUUCUAUAACCCAGAAACUCGUACCUCAAUUGCCAGCUGAUUCAUCACCAUCUCCCAGAUACCAGCAUAGGAGCGGGAGGGGCAGCGUUGUUUGUUUCCUGUACACUGAUGUGGAAUCUUAUGAUCCAAUGUGUAAGGCCACAGUGGAGGGUCUGAGAAAGGAGCUACCAUAGAGGCAUCAUAAAUAAAACCGAAUUCCUUCAUCAUAAGGAACUGACGAUUCCAACCAACUCUUAAGAAUGGCACUCUCAUCCCUGGAAAAUAAGAAAUUUAAUUAUGAAGAUGGGUGUCUUCUAGGUUGCCAAUGAACUGAGCUGAUGAUGGAGGCAGCAAGCACCUCUGAAACACUGGUAAACUUCUACCAGACUAUAUGGCACUACAACCGAGAAGACAGCCAUCUUCAUACUCGCUAUUGUGUGAACCUUAAAUCCUACAAAAUGCAAUUAUGUUACAGUACUUGACUUUAGUAAAAUUGUUAUUUCAGUGAUACAGUUUUCUGGCAUUUAUUGCAAAAUUAUAUGACGACAUUAUUGGAACAAAGUGUAGUAAAUUUAAUGUAUGAAUUUUUGUAAAGCGUUAAUAUUGUUAUUAAUGAAAUUGUAAUCAUCAAAGGUACGUCAUGACAUCCAUGAAAUGUAGCCUACAGAAUAUUUUGAUUACAAGUGAAACAAAUAGAAUGGAAAAUAUUAGCCAUUCACUGUACUAGCUAAACUAGCAGAGAAUGAAUUGGUUAUUCACAGAUGCUGUUUAUUUUCACUUAUUUCCAUGGUGCGAAGUAAGAUAAAGUACAUAAAUAGUUUAGAGAAAGUAGAAUGGCUGUAUUAUUGAAUAUCGUAACUAAACAUAUGAAUAAUUAGCUUUUUUAAGUUUACUUGACAUAAAUUUCAUUUCUCAAAGAUGUGACAUCUUCUAAAUGUGGAUAGAGAACUAUUUAAAGAAAAUUAUGCAUCUGUGUCUGCUUCUUGUUUUGUGAAUAAUAAAAUUAUGAAAGAUUUUUUAAAAAAAUAAACAUAAAAAAUCCAGAAAUAAAUUAUUAAGUUAAAAAAUGUAUUAUAAUGUGGGUUGUGAAUUUUAACGUUAAUGCCAUAUGUUUUCUCUUGCAGAAAGAUUUUACUUCCCAUUCAGUUGAAAAUCUCAUUUUUAUUUUUAGUAACCCUCUUUCUUCUUUGAAGAACAUUAAUUAUCACUGUAAUAUGUGUGUUUUUAUUACAUUGAAUGUUUCUUGAUUGAUCUGAAUUUACAUGCUUUAAGUCACUGUGACAUCUAUAGAAGGAGAGUAGAGAGAAAAUCAAAGUGAAAUUUCUAAGAAGGAAAAUUACUGUCUUGACAAAUAUAACCCCUGCUAUAAGUGAAAUUUUUGAAAUUGUAAUGUAUGUAUGUUUUUAUGUUUGUAUGCCCGUCUGAAAUACACUGCCACAUGAAUAAAUAUGUAAGUACAGCAAA